AUGGCCGAUGAUGAGGACGAAGGAGUUUUUGGGGGAAUGUACGAGGAUGGACAUUGGGUGUGGGACGAACAGACACAAGCAUUGCUGUUUGUAAGUGAUUUGCCUCCGAAGCAGAUAGAAAACAUACAGAUACAAACGAAAGCGCCAACGGGCACUAUUGAGUUCAGGGAUGACGUGGAUUUAAUAGAACAGAUCCGCUAUCGUCGACGCUAUCAAAGAAAACUGAAACCAGGACAAGCGGAUGUCAUUACUCUACAGGACGUUAAAGAUAUAGCUUUAUACACCGCUCCUAUUAAUAUUCUGAGUCCUAUGCUCAUAAAUCUGCUACACUUGCCGACUACUGAAAGAUUUCUUAGAGCCCUCAUCCUCUGCUGUGGUUACUAUUUACAGAUAGCAGAUGAAAUGGCAACGCGCAUGUUGGAACUUACUACAAAAGUGAGAACUCCGGACUGUGAGAAAAUUGAAAAUGAAUUUCGUGAUAACCUAGCCGACCUCAGAGUUUUAGUAGCUAAAGAAUAUUGUAUAAUGCUUAUUGGUGGAGCUGACACGAAGAAAUUUCAUCACAUGGGUCCUCUGAAGAAGCGGCAGUCGUUAUCGGACAAAGACGCGCGUUUGUUUGAAACAUUACUUCGCAUGAGCGUGCAAAUUGUUUGGUUAGCGCUAGGGCGCAAGAGUUUCAAUCAGAUUGAGCUGGAGACUCAUCGGUUAUUUAAGUCUGAAAUAUUCAACGCUGUAGAACAUACGUUAAAGACUGGAUACAUUUCACGUAUGGUGGCGGCAGAACAAGCCGUUUUACUUGGCCACUGUGUCCGACAUGACAAAAAGCUAAACACUCGCUCGCCGCUCAUGAACGAGGUGUUUUGUCACCGGCCCAUUGAUUACCGUUUAUUGGGUCUUGGCGUAGUCAAAUAUCCAAAGAUAUCAUCCCGACUAAAAUAUUUGCGCCUGCUUGUCUCUGGUCCAGAAGAAAGUAUGAUGGAAUCGGCUGUGACGUUGGGUAUUAUAGGUCUGCCUAGGACGCAAUUUGAUACAAUGCUUAGACCAAUUUCGCUAUCAACCGAGGCUAAAUCUAAAGCUUCUAUAGCGUCACAAAGCGCACACAGUUCGAAGAGCUCCUUCAAAAAAGCUGCUCCAUCUUUAUACCCACCAAUAAUAAUACCACGGAAAGAUCAACAUGAGAUCUAUUUCCCGCCAUCAUUUCCUGACGAGACGGAGAAGCCGUGCCCGGUCAGCGACGUGCAGCAAAAGCGAUGGCUCAACAGACUUACUAAACUGUUGGCUUCUACUACUCAUUAA